AUGGACGACAAAGAGGACCCGCCGAGCUUCAAGUACCGUGGCUGGCGAGCUGCAGCUGCCGGGCUCGAUCCUCAUCAACUUGGCUCCCGUCUUGCUGGUGAGGUCCGAUCUGGUGACAACCUGCCGGUGCCCUCUCCAUCUCCGGUUGGACGGGACCCCAACAGCCCAUCCAUCCUUCAGGGUAACGCCUUUUCUAUGAUGAGGGCAAGAGGCGACACUAGCAGACUCCCGCGCAAGAGAUCUGAGGGCUCAAACCUCGCAAGUCCAAGUGAAGACUCUCAGCCCAGAAUCACCAGAUAUCCAUCUGGCCUGAAUUACGAUCAGGAACUGGCAGUUCCCAUGCCCAAGCCACAUACCAGGCGUUACUUGCCUACUGAUGAGAAUUCUCAGAGUGGUAUAGAGAACGUGCUUUCCCAAUCUCGUCCUCGCACCCUGCUCAAAAAACGUUCCAUGCCAGACGCGGUUCGUGCAAAGGCCACUCCUGAACCAGUCCCAUCUGCAGAUGGGAAGAAAAAGUCCCGGCUUGAAGCUCUCAGGUCAAAGCUCAGCUUCAAAGAUCUUCACAAAGAAGCUGCAAAAGAUGAAUACACAGACAUUGCCGUUCCUCCGCUGCCUUCCAGUGAGAAGCAAGAUGGCACCCAGGGUUCCACCACCGGCGGUGGUAUUACAGGGUUCACGCCCAGCAUUUUCCCAUUCCAAAAUAAGCCCAAGCCUAUGCAAAAUAUCAGACCCUCUGCAAUUCCUCUCACCUCUCCUGUCUCCACCACGCAGCACAGCUCACCACCCAGCAGAAUCGCACUUGCUCCCUCAGGAACAUACACUCACGCUCAUGGAUCCAUGACUCCUUCGGGAUCUUCCAAUGACCAGCAAAUCGGUACCUGGGAACAGGUGAAGGCUGCUGCAGGGCGUGCGGAAUCCAAAGAGAAGCUUACCCCUGCCACCAAGGGAAGUAUCCCAAUUCCCAUUGGCAAGCAUAAGCCUAGCCCUCUGGCUACCCUCCCUGGACCUGGGGCUUUCACCACAGAUCGUUCUCCGGUGAUGCCAAACUCCCCGGCAGCUGACUAUGCUGACUCUCCCCCUACUGGAGACUCGCCUCCGAAACCGAGCGAUCUCACAGAGGGCUCGGGCAAGGUCAAGUACAUUCGCAGGACCUAUGUUGAGAAAACCUCUCCAUCAACCCCUUCGCCAACUGUCAAGUCCGCGCUUCCGGCGCCAAGUCCAUACCAGGAGGGUGCAUUGAGCUCGGGUCUGCGGUCUGGCUUUAUGCCCGGAUUCGAGGAGCGUCUCAAGGGAAUCAACCAAUCGCUCGACAAUCCCAUUUCGCCAGCCCUCAAGAUCUCGGGCACGGAAGCGGGUGCGAAGGAUUUCGAUGAGAUGGUCCGAAUGAUUCAGCAAAGAGCUGAGUCGGGGAUCAGCAGCCUGACUGCACAAGUCAAUGAUCUCUCACAGUGGACUAACAAUGAGAUCAAAAGUCAGGUCCGGAGCAUCAAAGAUCUUGAGCGCAUGAACAAUCAGCUUUCUCUCCGACAGACGGAGAUUUCUCAGGAUAUCAAGAAGUACAAGCUGGAUAUCGACCUGGACAAGGUCGUGAAAGACCGGCGUAUUGAGAUCCUGGAAAGCAAGUUUCUGGAUGAAGUGGAUGUGGAGCUACAGAACAUGGCUCUAUCCAUGCAAGAGAUGACCCAGAAGCUUGAGAACGCGAUUGAAAGAUUCACUGCUGAAUCUGAUAAAGCUGCAAAGAUCGCGGAAAAGCAGGAAGCGCAUAUCCGAGCGAUGGAGAAUGAGAUUGCGGAGAUGAAGCAAAAGGGGGCGUAUCAAUCCAAAUUGCUUCCUCCGGGGCUGGCUCAGCGACUUGGCAACCAGCCUGCCAGUGCCAGUGCUGAGCCCUUGCUCAAAUCGCCAGAGUCUCCAAUCCCGCCGGUGCGCAUCUCCCCUCUGCCGCGAUCAAUGACAGCCGCUCAGGCUCAGCAGAGAGAAUCAUCCAUGGCUAAAGGUGAGGCUAGUCCACCCUUCCAGCGCAGUCUCUCUAUCAAGAAGGGACUCGCCAUAAUCCCACCCAACGAUUCAAAGACUCGUGGAAAGGUUGGCAGUGCUGAGGGACGCAAGAAGUGGAACAUCUUUGGCACCCGCCGUCGUGAUGCAAACAGCAACGGCUCAAGCAGCGGUGCAGGCAAGAUUUCCUGGCUCCCUCGUCGCUCCAAGGAUGGACAAGCCUCGGAUAAAGCCAGUCAGCGCUCGGAGACUCCCCCUCCGAUCCCACGCGAUAUUCUCCAGAACAUUGAGAAUAACAUUCAGGCAGCAAGCCAAGUGCACCCUGCACUCCGAAACAGGGUUCAGCAAACCGUCAUGCAUGACGAGUCGUCCCUGAGGUCCCUGAGUUCCCCAAAUACCCCAACUCACACUGCAGCCAUGCCUCCAGGUAUGACCCGUCUCGCCCACCCCGAGAGCCAGAAUAUGGGUAUCAUUACUGCGUCCGUCGCUCCCAGUCUAUCUUCCUCUUUUGAACGCCGGGUCGCGGGUGGGGAGUUGCUUUCUGCUGACCGGUGCAAGUUGACACCAGACCCAUUCAUGCAGAGCCCCAGCACGCCCGCAUAUUAUCGUUCGAUUGAAGAUAUGCGCAGGCCUCUUCUCUAUCGUGCGGAGGAUGAGGCUCACGAGUGGGAUCGGUGUUCAUUGCGCGAGGCCAAGUCUACUGCGUCGUUGCGGUAG